AUGGCCACUACAUUCAAGAUCGCCUGCGACCCCGUCGCAAAGAGAUGCGACAUCCACGUCGAGUAUCAGGCUUUUCUCUUGAGAGCCCGAGUGAUUGGGGGAAAUUCCAGGUGGCGGAUGUUGAAGGGCGGCAUGCAGAGCUACUUGUGGGCCUUGACAAGCCGGCGGCCCCAAAUCAGAACGGAGAUCACGUUCAAGGCAGUCAAGUGGGCGAUGGUGCAGAAUUACAGCCCGAAGUUUGAGGUGUUCACCAAUUUGCAGAAAGGACAAACAUCUCACCAAUGGAAACCCUUUCUUCGCGCGCAGGUUUCCUAG